AUGUCAUCCCGGGUCUCCACUGGCGCACGGCCAGGAGCUCGGUUUGCCCAAUUCAAGCUUGUUUUGCUUGGAGAGUCUGCAGUAGGAAAGAGUUCUCUUGUCCUGAGAUUUGUCAAGGAUCAAUUCGAUGACUACAGAGAAUCUACUAUCGGAGCUGCCUUCCUCACACAGACCAUCUCCCUCGACGACGCCACGACUGUCAAGUUCGAAAUAUGGGAUACGGCAGGCCAAGAGAGAUACAAGUCGCUUGCACCGAUGUACUAUAGGAACGCAAACUGUGCAGUCGUGGUUUACGAUAUCACACAAGCUUCGUCCCUGGAUAAGGCAAAGUCAUGGGUAAAAGAGCUCCAAAGGCAGGCAAAUGAGAACAUCAUUAUCGCUCUAGCAGGGAACAAAUCAGACCUCGUUGCUGAACACCCAGACAAGCGUGCUAUCACAACAGCAGACGCCGAAGCAUACGCACGGGAGGCUGGGCUGCUGUUUUUUGAGACAUCAGCAAAGACGGCGGAGAAUGUGCGAGAGCUGUUCACGGCCAUUGCACGAAAGUUGCCUCUUGAACAAGCUGGAAACCGCGGUAUGAGGGCGAAUCCACGACAAGGGGUUGAUCUGAGACCCGAGGCGCCUGGGACACAAGGUGGUGGAGCUUGCAAUUGUUAG